CUAUAGUUGUCCCUUUUCGGUUGUCGUAGUCGCAUUCGUCCUUUCGGGGAGGCUAGGCUGGACACGCAUAUGCAGGCGAAAGCAAGAACUUUUACUUUGCCCGGGCAGCUUUUGUAAAAAGCUUUCGUGCUCUGCCUCCUGCUUACCAUUUCUUGCUCUCUCUCUCUCUCUUGCUCUCUUUGUGCUGCUGCUGGUGCAGUGCUGCUAGUGCUUUGAGGGCCACCCGCGCCAUAGGGAGAAGAGACAAAAACCAAAAAAAAAAAAAUAAAUACAUACAGACUGCGUGUUCUAUCCGUGUAUAUGAAUAUAUGGCUAUCUCUCUCUCAAUUUGACGUUUGCAGACGUCGACGCAUGGGCGCAGUAUUGAUUUUUAACGGAGUAUCUGAGCAAACGCAAAUAGAACUCGCACGGAGCAGGCGGACCAGCAAAGAGCAGUGAAAGCAAUCCGUUGGCCAACAAUAUAAUCUUUAUACAUAUAUAUAUAUUACACAUAUAUAUUUAUUUGUUUACGUCCCAAAAAGUUAUUCCGCGUUCGCGUUUGCGUUGUACGUGUGUGUGCAUAAAGUUGUUUUCACCAAUUUUCACGUCUCACUUCAGGUGUAAUGAAAAUAAUGUGGAAAAACUAAAGGAAAACACAACAAGGGAUACUAGGAUUAGAAUAUUAGUUGCCAAAAAAUCCACAGACACACAAACAAACAAACAAACACACACACACACACAUAGAAGGAUACACACAAGUGAUGGCUACCAAAAGUUAUCGCCUGGUAGUGGCUCCAGCCAAUAGUCAACAACGGAACUCGGGCAAUAGUGUUGUGGUUACCAGCGGAGGCAGUCCGGAAAAUGGAGGACUUAAUGUCACAACCAUCACAACGACAGCGAAUAAUAUUAGUGAGGCACAGAUGCAAUCUAUUGGCCAAGAGACCAAUUACAAAAUCGAAAUGCUCGACGAUGACAUCCAGAGUCUGGCCACAGAUGAUGAUGAUGACGAUUUAAUUAGCUCCGAUGGCAGUAUGGAUGAGGGCGACAUUAACACCAUUCCUAUUAACGAUGAUGUUGCCCAGCAAUUGGCUGCCGCCGGACCAGUGGGCGUGGCAGCGGCAGCUGCCAUUGCCAGCUCCAAGAAACGUAAACGACCGUACUGUUUUGAAACGAAUCCUUCGGUGAGAAAGCGCCAGCAGAAUCGUUUGCUUAGGAAACUACGUGGCAUCAUUUACGAAUUUACGGGUCGUGUGGGCAAGCAGGCUGUAGUGCUAGUUGCCACUCCAGGUAAACCAAAUACGAGUUACAAAGUUUUUGGAGCCAAACCACUGGAAGAUGUGAUGAGGAAUCUAAAGAAUAUCGUUAUGGAUGAGCUGGAUAAUGCAUUGGCACAGCAGGCGCCACCGCCGCAGCAAGAGGAUCCGUCAUUGUUUGAAUUGCCGGGACUAGUGAUUGAUGGCAUACCAACGCCAGUUGAGAAAAUGACACAGGCGCAGUUGAGAGCAUUUAUCCCACUAAUGCUGAAAUACUCCACCGGCAGAGGCAAGCCAGGCUGGGGAAGAGAGUCGACUAGACCACCAUGGUGGCCCAAAGAGCUUCCCUGGGCCAAUGUUCGCAUGGAUGCCCGCUCCGAGGAUGAGAAACAGAAGAUCAAUUGGACGCAUGCCUUGCGCAAAAUUGUUAUAAACUGUUAUAAAUAUCAUGGACGGGAGGAUCUAUUGCCCACUUUUGCUGACGAUGAUGAUAACGCACUGAUUUCUCAAUCCGGUGAUGAGGAUGAAGAAAUGGAAUUACCAACUAGGCCCACCAUUCAACGUGUAACCACAAUAAAACCGUCGCAAGCAAAUAAUCAACAGCCUCAGCAGGUGAAUGUGGUGAAAAUUAAUAGCGCCGGCACAGUCAUAUCUACACAUACAGCCCAAACGAACACACCGGCUCCAACCAUUAUCCAGAGCACUAAUAACCAGCAGAUAACCACAACGGCCACAUUGCCAGCUUCCACAAAAAUCGAGAUCUGUCAGGCUCCGAUACAGCAACAUCAUCAGGCCACCGGCACCAGCACCGUUCACAUACAGCCCAUCAAUGGUGGACAGCCGCAGACUAUACAAUUGACCACGGCCAGUGGAACAACAACUGCGACUGCUGUUCCCAUGACAGCGUCAACGAAUCCCAUGGAUCAGCAGGCAGUUGCCCAAGCACAGACGAUAACGGCACAACAAAUAGCCAAUGCCCAAGUUUGCAUCGAGCCCAUAACUCUUGGAGAUGUUGAGUAUACCACCACACAGACAGUAUUGUCUCAAAAUCCAGAUGGAACUGUUUCACUGAUACAAGUUGAUCCAAAUAAUCCAAUAAUUACUCUGCCAGAUGGCACAACGGCUCAAGUACAGGGCGUCGCAACGUUGCAUCAGGGCGAAGGAGGAGCCACCAUACAAACUAUACAAAGUCUCACCGAUAACGAUGUGAAUGGUCAUGAGAAUAUGACUGUGGACCUAACAGAAGCUCAGGAUGGUCAAAUCUAUUUCACCACCGAAGAUGGACAAGGCUAUCCCGUUUCUGUCAGUAAUGUGAUCUCGGUGCCCGUUUCGAUGUAUCAGUCUGUAAUGGGCAAUAUGCAACAGCUUCAGACGAAUAGCGAUGGCACUGUCUGCCUGGCACCCAUGCAUGUGGAUAACAGCGAUCAGCUGGAAACUAUAACUGUAUCACCUGGCAUGCAUCAAAUGAUGAUACAAGGCGGUCCUGGCCAGGAACCGCAACUUGUGCAGGUAGUUAGUCUAAAGGAUGCCACAUUGCUGAGCAAGGCUCUCAGCACCGGCAAUGUCAAGGCCGAGGACACAAUCAUAAUGGAGCAAUAAUAGACAAAUGCAAUGCAAGAAUAACAUUCUCCUAGUCAUAUAUAUAUAUAUAAAU